UUGCACACACCACAGUAUCUUAAAGUCACACACACACACAAUUCGUCUCUGUGAUGAGUGAUCUGUCUUCUUUUCUGUCAAAGAAAAUCCACUAUCCAUACAAAUUACAAAAUACGAUUAAUUUUCGAGUUUAGUUUGCAAACUGAUGAUGUCCGAGUAUUAUGAUCAUUACCAUCGGUGGGAACCUUUGGCCGAAUUUCAUUUUUAUAUCGACGAAACCGAGGAGCUUUACGAAGAUAAUUAUUUUUAUUGUUUAUGCAGUCGAGCGUUUAUAAGGGAUACAGUGCUGACUUAUUAUGGGGAAAGAGAAUGUUGUAGUGAGAGUGAUGGUGAAUUAGUCUCUCAAUCACAGGAAGUUGAUGAUCAUUCUCAUGUUCAUUUUUCUGCUAACACUUCUUAUAAAGUUAAAUGUGAGAAAGACGAAGGUGCCAGCUGUUAUUGUAGUGCCUCCCACACUGACAACUAUGGGUCAAAUGAUGAACUUGACCCCACUCAAAUACACUGUUUUCCCUCUCAUCCUCUCCAGCCUAGUGACAGUGGGGCGGACUUGACAUAUCAAGAUUGUCAUUCUGACUACACCACACUUGAUAAAAUAGAGAAAAUGGAACAAGAUUCCACUGAAAUCAAUGAAAAUUACUUAUCUGAAGAUACAUGGGAAAAGUUUUGGGCUUUGAAUGGUGAAAGAAUAAUCUGGGCAUCAUGGAUAGAGAAAUAUAGUGAUUAUAUUAAUCCUGCUUAUCUAGGGGAAAACAAUGAACUAUCAAUGGAUAAAAAUAAUAUCCCAAAACAACAUUCCACAGACCCAAUAUGUUAUAAAGAAGGUGAUUCAAAAGUAAAAGAUGACAAUGAAGGUGUGAGGGAAAGAAAGUUCUCAUAUGACUCAAAAGUUAAUCCUUACAAAAAGAAACAAAAAGAACUCAGUGCAGAGGAUAACAAAAUUGAUAAAAAUAUUGAAGUGACAGCAAAUAAAGAUGAUUUAUGGGCUCCUGUACAUAGAAGGAGGUCUUGCUCUGAACAUGAAAGAAUUGUGAGCCCCAGGACUCUACCAGGGACUGAUUCAAUGACUAAUGUAACAAAGAUGACAUUAUCCAGUUGCAAUGUUACAUCAAGUCAUGUGACAUCAGUAUCUACCCCCACUGAUGAUUACAGUGUGUCAUCCAGAUCAUCUGAUGAUCAAUUGAAUGAUCAAACACGUAUUGUUAAUAUUGAAUACACAGAAGCACCAGAGACAGAUAGCGAGGAGCAUUGGCAAUUUUUGUGGAAGAAAAACUUUGGGGAACAAUAUGCUCUCCAUUAUGCAAACUACAUUGAAUGUCAUGAAAUGCAUAACAAACUGUUAAAAUCAAACAUUACUCUCGAAAAUAAAGUUGAAGAACUAAAAAUUUCUGAGAUUGAAUGUGAGAAUAGUGAAGGUAAUUCUUGCGAGUUACCAUCAGUAAUUGAAGUGCAAACACAAAUCAAUGAAAUCAAUUUAAAUGACAAGUCAGUGAAAGCCAAAAAGAGGGGCAAGAAAUCGAGCAAUCGUAUAUUAUCUUCUGUGGGUAUGCUGUUACAGAAUUUACUAAAAGAACAAAAAGAAAAAGAUGAUCAACCAAUUGAAGGGGAAGAUGGGAAUAAGCAUAAAACUGAAACUGUUGCAUUAGAAACAGUUCAUAGUAAUAAAGGGUUGAAUAAUGUCCAACAGGACAAUAGCAGCCCUAUCACUAACAAUCUCAAUAAUGAAGAUGAUGAUGAUGAUGACGAACCACCAGAAGAAAAGGCAAUAUCAUUAAAAAGAAGUCACGAAAUAGACGACGAAGAAGUUACGAACCAAAAGAUCAGGGAGACAUUCCAAAUAAUGGGUCACUAUUUUGACUCCUCACAACUUCCGAAAGGCCAACCUGUUUAUAGGAAACGUUUGGCAAGGUUGCGUCCACCAAGAAACCGAAGAAUUGGUGUUUCACGAAAAACAUAUUUUGAAGACGACGGAAAUGCGUGUAUAGAUGAGAGUCAAGAAUCACAAGACGCAAUGACCGAAGAUGAUGAAAACGCUCAAGAAAUACAAUCAGAUGGUGAUAAAAACUCGGAACAUAGUCAGGAGACUGUAGACAAAGUAAAUGUGACUGAUGAAUCUGUGCAUAAAGAGGAUGAAACUGCGGAAAAUUUACUACCUUCAGAUGUGCAUGUUAGCGAUCCAUCAGAUAGUAAGUGUGAAGAGAAUGCAGAUGAAGUAAUUGAAAAUACACGUCAAGUAAAACGAAGGCGCAGACAAAAAAGACAUUACAAAGAAGAGAAUUAUGACCUAUCAGAUAUGCCAACCGAACUCAGAGAUGAUCCCAAAAUGUAUAAAUAUUGGAAAAAAAGACAUUCCCUAUUUCACAGAUUCGACGAGGGCAUAAAGCUGGACCGCGAGAGCUGGUUCAGCGUGACGCCAGAGAACGUGGCGCGCCACAUCGCCACCAAGUACACGUACGACGUGGUGGUGGACGGCUUCUGCGGCGCGGGUGGGAACACCAUACAGUUCGCACUCACUUCCAAGAAAGUGAUAGCCAUAGACAUAGACCCAGUCAAAAUAGAAAUGGCACGGCACAACGCGGCGGUGUAUGGCGUGGCAGACAAGAUCCAGUUUAUUGAGGGGGACUUUCUUGAGAUUGGGCCCACGCUGUGUGCUGACAUGGUGUUCCUCAGCCCACCGUGGGGCGGGCCCAAGUAUUCAGAGCAAGUAGAGUAUGACAUAGAAAAGAUGCUGGAACCGAAACCAGCGUCAGAGUUGAUGAGGGUAGCCAGAGAAAUCAACUCCAACGUCAGCUUGUACUUACCGCGGAACACCAAAACAGAUCAGCUAUUGGCGUUAGCACAGGAUACAGGUAGUUCUAUAGAAAUAGAACAGAGUUACCUGGAUAGGAGAUUUGUUGCCAUCACUGCCUACUUUUAUUAAAACGAAGGUUUUUUUAGACUACUUUUUUUUUCAAUUAAAUUAAUUUCUAAUACAAACAAAUUUUUUUAAAAGAAUAUUUGCCAUAUUUUUAAAUAUGACAAAUAUUCCCAUUCCCCUCCAACUAGUCGGGAAAGACUGUGCUAGGAGUGGGUACGACAAUAGACCAACGGGGCGGGGAUCGAACCACCACCCCUCGGUGGUGAGUCCGACCGCUCUUACCGUUGAGCUAUUGAGGCUCUUAAUUUGGUGUGUCUAUAACAACAUAAUGGCAACUAACCUUUGUCAAAGCCAAAUUAGAAACUAUUAAUUUCUAAAUAUAUACAUAAAAUAUUGCUUAUAAAUUAUAUAUAGCUGAAGGUAAUUCCUGAUAUACCUGAAUUACUUUCAUUCAUAAAUAUUGUCUGUUGAAAUGUAAGUUUAGUUAAACCCUUUUAAGUGCUGCCCUUUUAAAAUUCGUUCAAACCGAUUUUGCCGUUUAAAUGUAAUGAAAACGUAUACACACAGACAUUACAGACAGAUAGACAUAAUCGUAAAAAAAGGUCAGAAUAAGUUCCUAAGUCCUCAAAAAGUCCAUAUCUUUUGAAAAACAAUAUAUUCCCUACUUAAUACUAGCGGGAAGUGAUCUACUAUUUACUGUGUAUACUUAAAUUAAAAUGGAUGUUCAGUCAAUUAUAUUUCACCAAUAAUUGUUUGACUUCCAUACCAUGUCACUAACAGAGUAAAUUUUACCCAGUUGGUACAAUUUAUUAAAUGAAUUUAAUUAAAUAAAAUGAAAAAAAAAAUAAUGAUUUGAACAUGAAGGAAUGAAAAGCCAAACAGACUUCCAAAAGUAGAUAAAAUAUACGAGUAUUUACUCGCGCAAAUUGUAUUUGUUAAGUUCCAUUAAAAUUAAGUAAAAAAAUAAAAAAAAAACAAAAGAAUGAUUAAAGUGUUCUAUAGUUUGUAUAAGUGUGCAUUUAACUUCGUAUAUAAAAAUGUAGUAAAAUUAGUAGACGCAUUUUGUUUUUUGGUACAUAUCACACUUUGAUUUUUUUAUUGUUUGUAAUAUUAUUAUCUAAGCAAUAUAAGAAUAAUAACCUUAAAAUGCCUUUUUUGAAUAGCAUUUAAAAAUAAAAGUUAACUUGAUAAAAUGUUCAUACAAUAUUCCAUAAAUAGUAUUCAAAAUGAAUAUUGCCUUACAGAAAAUAAUUAAUAAUUUAAGCUUAAAAAUAAUAAUUAUUACUGGUUAUUACAUAUCAGGAUUUCCAUGAUUCAUUUGAUUUAAGAGAAAAAAGUGGUUUAUAUGAGUAGAUAAAGUACAUUUAAUUGUAUAAUAGUUAUAAAUAUUUUAUAGUAAUAUCUGUGUUGUAAUAACGAAAAAACCAAUAUACAGGGGAAAAUGAUUUGACUGGUUAUAUGUUUUAAGUAUUGCUUAUGCUAUAAAGUUAUUUUGUAAACACUUUUUUAAAGUUAGAAAACUCUUAGUAGAUCUUAAGAACAAAUCUUACUAUAUCUUAGAAAGCUACAUAAUAUAUAUCUACACAGACAGAGAAAGAAGUAGACUAGUGAUUGGUGUGCAAUUAUCAGUCAAAAGAUAUUCGAUUCUGACAUCACAUCACUACACUAAAUAUAUUUGAAGCUAACUGGUUACUUAUUAUUUGUACCAAGUUGAGACAAAGUGGUUACACUAUAGUGCAACACAAAAGAGUAGAAGAUAAAUGAGGGCGCUGUAGUCACUUAUUAUCUAUUGUCGUUCAUAGGGUGACCCUGUGUUCUAUCAUCCACUUGGGAUUAAGUAAGUAUCAUGUGUCAGAUAGCUGAUUGAAUGGUCUGCUAAUUAUCCAUAGUAUUUCCACUAUGAUUUUAAUAUCUGAUAAAAAUCAAUAAUAAUUUAUUGGUUGCUAUAGAAUGACAGAUCUUUCUGAUGACAGUAAAUUUGAUUUUACCACACAGCGAAUUUAUUAGUUCCAUUUUUUAUCAACUUCUAAUAUUAUGAUUUUAUGUCGCAGCAUUAAAAACAAUACUAAUUUAACAAUUGUCAAAAAUGUCUUCUAAUAAGUCUUCUGUUUUUAGGGAAUGUGAUGGAUGCUAUAAAUUAUAUUCGUCUAUUUCCUUCUCUGUCUACGUAGCUCUGACUAGAAAUAUAAAACACUUCGUCUGGAGACGCCACAAUAAUUUUUCUUAGCCAAUUUAGUACCUGUGCUAGUUAAUAAAAAGAAUAUAUUUUAUGUUGAAGGUUUUGCUUGACAAAGCGCGUUGUGUAAACUAAAGUAACGUUUUUACAACAGAAACGCAUAGUUACAUUAUUUCGAGUGAUACCUCAAAACCCGUUUAUCAAAAAGCCGUUGCUUAGCAGGCAAAUUAUAAUUUAAUCAUGUUUCUACAUUCAGUUUAACACACCAACGUGCCUGUCUGUGCACUAUAACUAGUACAACCAAAGUAAAAUCUUCAAAACAAAAUAUAAUAUCAAAAAAGCAAUUUUUUUUUUUGAUAUACGCAACAUGGUCAGGUUUUUCAUCUUUAUAAAACAGUUUUGAAAUCUUACCAUAUAAAGUUACAUGUAUAAAAUUAUAUGUGAUCAGUGUUGAAAAAAUUAAAUUAAAUAAAUAACAAAAAGUUUAGAGCACAAUCUACUAUAAACUAGCACAUUAUGUUCUAUUAUAAUCUCAUUAACCUUUUUAUAAAUAUUUUUUACUCUAGAUAUUUUUUGUCUGUGGUUAACUGUAUUUUAAAAUUCAAUGAAAAAAUAUAUGCCUUGUGUGUGACCAUUUAAUUGUUGUGAUCUAUUAGAGCAAGAGCCUGUAGGGCCAGACCUUUGUGGUUUUAUAAACGCUGACAGUUUUCAGAUGAAGCUAGACUGUACAGUAAUAAGGAGCUUAUAGUGUUUUUCAGAUAGCAUGGGUACAGUAACACCGUAACAGACGCCUGUAUGACGUUCAUAAAACGUACUAUUAUCGUGAAUCGCGGUAAACUUUCAAGAGUGAAAUGAACUGUCACCCGCACCUACAUGAAAUGAACUAUAGAUCAUCAAAUCGACCAUAGGCAAUCUUACAGCUUUUAAAAGUUAAAGGUCUGGCUAAUAUGGACUCUUAGACCAUAUGUAAAUACUUGUUGAUGAUAAAUAUAGAAUGAAAACAAA